AUGUACGUGGAUGCUGAGACGACAGCAUCAGAUGCUCCUCCUGUAUACCUAUCUCGAGUCCAUCGCCGAGCUCGCAAAUCACGACUGCCAGCGGGCGCUUAUGCCGAAAUCGAUUUGGACCCGGAAUAUAGUGAUGAGGAUGGGGCCCAUGGAACCAAUGAUGACUGCAUCGCAGACCAAGCCAACCCUGACAGGAUCCAGCAAGGGCUCCAAGGCUGUGAGAACAAUUCCGACCAACACGGUCAGCCAAAACCCAAACGUCGCAAAAGAAAUUCCCAGGAGACUGUUGGCACCAGCAGGGCUCUGAGACCACGGAACACAUCAUCGCAGCUAGCAUCAGAGCCAAGACGAAGGUCAGAGCGGGCUACGAAUCGACCAAGGACAAGCAGAAUCCUGACCCUGCCGGUCUCUCCUGCUUCUACCGAUAAUGAAAUAGACCCCAGAUCCCUCUUUGGGCUAUUUUGUGAGUGGCGUCUCAAAAAACCAGUCCUGAAGUGCGUCAAAGAGGAAUUUAUUACGACAUUCCAAUUGGAAUGGCAACAGCCGUCCGCAGAACUACAACAGACGCAUUGGUAUCCCUCAGUUGGUCGGCCUUCAGGUUCUUCGCUGAAGAGACGUGAGUCUGCGAGGCGAUCUGGCAAGUCCAGAGGCCCGUUUUCAGAGCAGGAGAACAAACUCUUGAUUCAACUGAAAGGGCAAGGCCUUUCGUGGAGGGAGAUCCACAGCAGUUUUUCGAGUUCCUUUCCGGGCCGGUCUCUCGGGACGCUGCAAGUCCACUUCUCUACCAAGCUGAAGAUGACGAGAUAA